CGUUUUCCACUGAAGUGCGUGAAUUUCAUACCAAACCCAUACUUCGCAUUCCACCUUUACUGUCAAACCGGGAGAAAUAUUGCAGAAAACAAAAGAGCACCGAGAUAAAUAUAACUUUAGCGAAAUAAACCUCGUCCUGCUCUAUCGGUAGAGGUGUUUCCUAAUAAAGGGAAAUUGUCAGAGAGAAACGACAGAAGUGUUUGGAGAGAUCGUUCACCCCCUUUUCGACGUUAUCAGUACCUGUGUAGCGUGGGGGCUCGUGGCAGGGCCCGGUAGGAGCCGGCACCAUUGCGUCCAACAAGUGGAGUGCCAACGGCAGCCCGGAGCAGGGGCUGGAGGAUGGGGCCGAUGAACUGGACAAGGCCAUGGACGGAGAUGCAGAGGGCGUGUGGAGCCCCGACAUCGAGCAGAGCUUUCAGGAGGCACUGGCCAUCUACCCGCCCUGUGGUCGCCGCAAAAUCAUCCUGUCAGAUGAGGGGAAGAUGUACGGUCGCAAUGAGCUUAUUGCCAGAUAUAUCAAGCUGAGGACAGGCAAAACCCGCACAAGAAAACAGGUAUCUAGUCACAUACAGGUGUUAGCACGGAAGAAAGUCCGAGAGUAUCAAGCAAGUAUAAAGGCCAUGAACUUGGAUCAAGCGUCUAAAGACAAGGCUCUCCAGAACAUGGCGGCUCUUUCCUCUGCUCAGAUUGUGUCUCCGAGUCUCAUCAAGACCUCCCUUCCACCUCUUCCACAGUCCCCUUACCCUCCAGCCGCACGGUUCUGGCCGACCCCCAUCCCAGGUCAACCUGGACCCUCUCAGGAGCUGGUUCUUAAGCACAACCCAGGAAGAAGUCCUGGGCUAGGCCGCACCAGCUACGCCAUCAAGCCAUUCGUAAAUCCCUACCCCAACUUGUCAGGACCCGUUCAGUCCACAAUAUCAGCAUAUGAAUCUCUGGCUCCGCCUCCUCCGCCGGUGGCCACAGCAGUGCCCGUGUGGCAGGACCGCACCAUCGCCUCCUCCAAGCUGCGUAUGCUGGAGUAUUCAGCCUUCAUGGAGCUGCCGCAGGACCAGGACUCUUACAGCAAGCACCUGUUUGUCCACAUUGGUCAGACGAACCCGUCGUACAGUGACCCUCUGCUGGAGGCGGUGGACAUUCGGCAGAUCUACGACAAGUUCCCUGAGAAAAAAGGCGGACUAAAGGAGCUGUACGAGAAGGGCCCGCAAAACGCCUUCUUCCUCGUCAAAUUCUGGGCGGAUCUGAAUAACAGCAGUGUUCAGGACGGACCAGGCUCUUUCUAUGGCGUCAGCAGUCAAUACAGCAGCUCUGAGAACAUGACCAUCACCGUCUCCACCAAAGUCUGCUCCUUCGGCAAACAGGUGGUGGAGAAAGUGGAGACGGAGUACGCUCAUGUUGAUGGAGGAAAGUGUUUGUAUCGCAUCCAUCGCUCUCCCAUGUGCGAAUACAUGAUCAACUUCAUCCACAAGCUCAAGCACCUGCCGGAGAAAUACAUGAUGAACAGCGUAUUAGAAAACUUCACCAUCUUACAGGUGGUGACCAACAGGGAAACCCAGGAGACUCUACUGUGUAUAGCGUUUGUAUUUGAAGUGUCGACGAGUGAACACGGGGCACAAUACCACGUCUAUAGGCUCAUCAAGGACUAGCAGCGCAUCGGUCAACAGACACCUGUUGCUUUGCACAGACGCUCCAGCACACGCUUGGAGGAAAACGCCAAAUUGUCCAAACAUCGGAGGAAAACGCCUAAAUGUUACAAAAAAUACCAAAUGUUUUGAUCCUGGUGCCGAAUUUGAGUCUUUGAGGACGUAAAAAGAUAUAGUAUUACUCUGUUUAAAAAGAAAAGAACGUGUUUUUUUGUAUUUGUUUUUAAAUGCCUUAAAUACAGAAUGGGUCAUGUUGGUUUUGUUGCAUAUACAGAAAUGGUAGAUGUUUUUAAGCUUUGUUGUGUCUCCACAGAGGGAAUGUGAAGGUGUUGAUGGAAGAGAACGUCAUAAAAAAGACAAUGUGUGCUGUUUAUACGCAGCGCACGCAGCAUUUUACAGUUAUAUAAUGGUGAAUCUCGAAAAAAUCUCAUUUUACCCCUGAAAUUAAAAGAAAAUGAAACAUUUAUUUUAAUGAAUGAUGUUAAAUGCCAGGCAGUUGUGUUUUUUUAAUUUUAAAGCUGAUAAUAUAAAAAAACAACUAAAUAUAAAAAAUAAUUUUUAAAACAUUUAUAUUUGUAAAAAAUCAAAUAAAAGGCAACGCUAACAUAAUGCUUUUUACAGUAAUGAGAAAUGAAAAGCUAUUCAAUAAGUCUGUCAUGAAAAAAGACAAUGUGUGCUGUUUAUAUAGAGCGCUCACAGCGUUUUACAGUUAUAUAAGGCUAAACUUCUGGAAAAUCUCAUUUUACUCUAAAAUGAAAGAAAAUCAUACUGUAUGCUCGUUUUACAUGAAGACAUUAAAAGCUGUUUUUAAAAUCUGUUCAACAUUUAUUUUAAUGAAUAAUUUUAAACACCAGGCAGUUGUUAUUUUGACUUAAAAUUUGAUUUUACAUAAUUUAAUAUAAUGUAUAUAAUAAGUAUAAUAAGAUAAGUAAAUAACAGUUUUAUAAAAGGCAAUGCUAACAAUGCAUUUUUACAGAAAUAAGAAAUUAAAAGCUAGUUAAUAAGCCUGUUCUACAUUAAUUUUUUAAUGAUUGAUGUUAAGCACAAGUCAGUUGUUAUUUUGACAUUGAAACAGAUAAAACAUUUAAUCUAAAAAGCAUUUUUUUUAUUAAAAUUUGCAUAAAAUACAAUUAAAGGCACUGCAAACAUGAUUUAUUUUUCUUUUUUUUUACGUUAAUGAGAAUUGUGGAAAAAAAACCUGAUUAUUAGUCAUCAAUAUAGUUAGAAAAAUCAAUAAUCAGAGUCAAGUAACAAGAAUCAAGUAAUAAAUUAAAAUUUGUAAAAAAAAAUAAAAUAAAAAGAAAUGCUAUCAUGAUAUAUUUUUACAGUAAUAAGAAAUAAAAAGCUAUUCAAUAAGUCUGUUCUACAUUUAUUUUAAUGCAUAAUGUUAAAUGCCACGCAGGCAGUUGUUUUUUUUAUUUUAAAACUGAUAUAAAAUCCAAUUAAAAAUAAUAUAUACAUUUUUAAAAAUAAAUUAAAUCAAAUAAAGGGCAAUGCUAACAUAAUGCAUUUUUACAGUACUAAUAAUUGAGAAAAAAAUGUAGUAACACUAUUACACACUAUGAAUCAUCUAUUAAGCAUUAACAAAUAGUGAGUUUAUUUAAGCAUUAAUUCUACAUUAAUAGACAUUAGUAAACAGUUUAUAACUGCAGAUACAAAUGCUCUAUUGCUGACUUGUAAACACAUUUAUAAUAUGUUUAAUGAUUGUAUUUUCAUACUUUGUUACUAAUUAAUCGUUCAUUAAUUAAGUAUUGCAUUAUUUAAGAGUAGUUGGAGGUUUUUAAGAUAAUUCAGAAAGAGUUAGUACAUGAUUAUUAAACUAUUGAAAUCAACGUUCAUAUAUAUUAUUAUUCAGGCAUAUAUUAAUGCUUACUAUGCAUGUUAACAAAUGCUUUAUUAACUUAACUUCAUGCCGUUAUGUGAUCUAAUUUAAAGAGAGGACUCUUUAUAUACUUUAUAAAUCCCUUAUAAUUGACAAUUAAAGCCUCAUUCUCAAAUGAACAUUAAAUCUUUGAAAUUCGAUUUGAAAUAUAAAAUGACUGUAAAGUUUAAUCAUUGUUGAGUAACUGUGUUAAAGUAAAACUGAAUAAAACAACAACAUUAUAAUAAUUUAACAAUAUAUCAGGAUGCUUCAAUGUUAUUUAACUAAGUUUAAACUGUACAGUGAUUUUAUUUUAGUUAAGAUUGCAAAGAUUUAUUUUUCAUUUGAUUCAGUUUUGUGUAUCUUCAAAUUAAUAGGAAUUAAUAAAGUUAUAUAUUUUCCUUUUUCCUGUUUGGAAUUUAACUGAGGCUUUAAUUGUCAUUUGAAAGAGAUUUAUAAAGCAUAUAAAGAGUCCUCACUUUAGAUUAGGUCACAAAACUGCAUGAAGUUGAGUUAAUAAAGCAUUUAUUAACAAACAAACGAACUAUUAAUAUAUUCCUGAAUUAUAAGAUAUAUAAAUGUUAAUUUAAAUAGUUUAUUAAUCAUGUACUAACUCAUUCUGAAUAAUCUUUAAAAACCAGAAACUAGUCUCAAAUAACUGGUUUGUAAAUAAUGCAAUACUAUACAAUGCAGUUAUAAACUGCUUACUAACAUCUGUUAAUGUAGAAUUAAUGCUUAACAGAUGAUGAAUUCACUAUUUGCUAAUGCUUACUAAAUGAUUCAUAGUGUGGGGUUAUUACUAUAGUGUUACCGCUAUUUGAUAAAUCUGUUCUAUGAUUACUUUAAUGCAUAAUGGUAAACGCCAGCCAGUUGUUAUUUUGAUUUGAUUUGAAAACUGAUGUAAUACCAAAUAUAAAAUGCAUUUCAUUUAUUAAAAUUAGCAAAAAAAAAAAAAA